AAAAAGAUAACUCAUCUGCAAGAGAAAAAACAUAAUCUAUUCAUACGGAUAGAUCAAAUUAUAUAUAAUGUCGAGUCGAAGAUCAAGACAAUCGUCGUCAGGGGGUCCAAGAAUCACAGAUGAUCAGAUCAUACAACUCGUCUCCAAGUUACAACAACUUCUUCCCGGGACUCACAUCCAACGAUCUAACAAGGCUUCGGCUUCGAAGGUGUUACAAGAGACUUGCAACUACGUGAGAAGCUUGCACAGGGAAGUCGAUGAUCUCAGCGAUCGACUAUCGCAGUUAUUAUCCACCAUUGAUGCUGAUAGCCCCGAAGCUUCGAUCAUUCGAAGCUUAAUUAUGUAAUAUGCAAAUUUCUACAUAUAAGUUAUUCAUUAGCUUAUUGAUUAAGCAUAAUUAUGGUUUGCUAAUCUUAUAAUUAAUCAUCUCUCUAGGGUUUAAUCUGAUUAAUGACCCAUGUUACAUGUAGUAUCGUCACGUUACUUGUCGAAAUAAUAGUAAUAAUUACGUUGA